AUGUUGGUAAGCUGCAAACGCGCAGUGACGACGGAGGAACUUUUGGAACCUCUUUUCAAACGAAGCCGUUUGCACGAUGUUUCCAUGGUUGGGCCGGAAGAGGCCUCCCAAGUUGUUGUACAAGAAGCUUCUGCUUGUGACACGGAUUUUGUAGAAGCAGCAGCUGCAGCUGUUGAAGAAGCAGAACUGCGUCGACCUGUGGAUUCGCAGGAUGAACCUGCGCUCAAACGGUUGCGCUGUAUGAUAGAAGGAUCCAACACUUCAGCUGCAUCAUCUACCGAUCCCAGCAAGGAGGCCAUGGUUCGCAGUUGGGCGGAAGCCCUUGUCAAGUCUUUGCAUGGUUGCCCAUCUGUCGAGCAGGCUGUACAGCGAUGUGGUGUCGCCCUGACCGAUUUCGGUUCAGAGGUUCGUGCAGCAGCCCUUCGCGAGGCAGAACAGACACGCGAAGAGAUGCGGCCCAAUACGAUUGAGGUACAUCACCUGGCGGAGCGUUGUCGCAGAUUGGAAGGUAGCUCUGGUGAGGUUCAAUCUUUGAGGCAGGCUUUGGAGCAGUCUCAGGAGGUGCAGCGCAGGCUGCAACACUCGAACCAAGUACUUCAGGAGAGCUGCAGGUUAAGUGCAGAUUCGUGUGCCACGAAGUACAGGAAGUUCUAUGACAAUUGUUCCAAGUUGCUUGCCUAG